CAGACAGCAGGCACACGUGGAGCAAAGAGGCCGGGAGAGAGAAGGACGUGGAGAGAGAGAGAGAGAGAGAGAGAGAGAGAGAGAGAGACUGUAAAACUGCUGCCACAGACUGGGAGUAGUUUUUGCUGUUGGGAUUGAAACAGACAAAUAUAGAAACAAAGGACCAACAAAGAGGUUUAGAGAAGAAAAAGAAGACAAAAUCAACAGCCAUUUGACUUCUACGUGCCAUUUUAAAUUUGGCUUUCUUCCAAAGGAUUAGCAGAAAGAAGAACUGACCUUUGGGAUGUGAAGUGUUUUUGUAUAAACUAAGAGAGAAAAACACAGCAGUUCUGAGGUCAAGUCGCUCUUGACCACUGACUAAGGAUCAACUCGCUGAUCUUUUAAACCAAGCUCUGCAUCAUAAGAGCUACAUCUGACUCACCUGGCUUCACUCAUUUUGUAAAGAAGAGAAGUUUUGGGGUAAAGUAAAGAUUUAAAGGGUGGGCGCCUUCAGUCAGCAACAUCAGCAGAAAAUUUGCCAACAACUUCCGAUAACAAACUUGCAAACGUUACUAGUUGAACCUCAACAAGUGGAAGUCUCACAAGGAUUGACCAGUAGCUGACAGAGCGUUAACGGUGAAGAUGACAUUCGCCAUGCUGCGCACGGCGCCUCCCGCAGGCCGCUUCUUGUACGGCGACAUCGCCCUCCUCUCCGAAGACGACGACGAGAACGGGAGCGAGGGGUCAGGCUCCGAGGAGCGAACCACCAACUCCUCCAACUUCCGCCUGUCCUCCUCAUCGCCAUCUGCCUUUCACAUCAAGAUGAACAGGAAGAGGAAGCUGUGUGGGGCAGGAGGCGGCGGAGGGCUAGACGUGGGGGCCAUGAUGGGGAGGCUCAUCCCCCCGGGGUCUCCCCCCCUUCCCGAGGGUCGCCAGAGGAACGCAGCCAACGCGCGGGAGAGAGAUCGCACCAAUUCUGUCAACACGGCUUUCACAGCGCUGCGCACACUCAUCCCCACCGAGCCUGCAGACAGGAAGCUGUCGAAGAUCGAGACACUACGUCUGGCCAGCAGCUACAUCAGCCACCUGGGGAACGUCCUGCUCCUGGGCGAGGGGCUUCACGAUGGACAACCGUGCCACGCUCCCUCACCACCGUUCUUCCACGUUAACUCCUCCCCCAACCGAGGAUCUGACCAAUCAGCUCAGCCGAAGCACAUCUGUACUUUCUGCCUCAGCAACCAGAGGAAAAUGAACAAAGACAGAGACCGGAAGACGGCCAUCAGAAGUUAGCAAUGAGGACACAAACCACACGGAUGAAAUGCAGUGAUUUCACUGCAACUUGAAGACUUAUCAGACUUGUGAUGCAUUUCAAAAGACUUUUUGAAGGGCUUUUUUUAGCACUUCCAGGACUUUUCAAGGAACUUUUAACCAAGCAUUUCUUUUUUUCUUACUUUUUUAUAUAGCUUUACAAGAACUUUUUACUUUUUAGGGUGUUUUCAAAUAUGUUUGAAACACUUCUGAAACUACUUUUUUUAAAGGGCUUUCACAUGCUUAUCAAGACCAUGACGAACCUUUCAACAACAUUUAUAAGAGACUUUUUACUGUAUUGUUCAAAGACUCCGUGACUCUUUGUUCAGAGUCUAAGGAACUUGUGGCACAUGAUCGAAAAACACACAGCUUUUGAUGAAUACAAUUUUGUCUUUCAUAGGUUCUGUGUGUUAUUAAUGUGUAAACUGAAAUAUAAAUGUAUAUUUAUAUGACAUAACAUUAUAUAAUGAAACUAUGUUAUUUAACCGGCAUUGACAUUCAUGACAAAUAAUGUAUAAAGGUGCAAAAUAUUGGCUAUUGACACAAUUUAUGGCAUUAGACAAAAAAAAAGAACAUGCUGGAACUUUAGUGGUAUUGGUUAUUUCUGAUGAUCAUCUCUGAAAAUGUCCUAAUGCUGGAAAAUAACUCAAGAUGACCAAUAAAUUGUUUGUAUAUCUGGGA